UCCUCCUCCUCCUCUCUCUCAUGUCUCCUCUCUCGGGUUUAUUCUUAAUUUUAUGAAUGUUUCGGUUGCUUUGUUUGACUGAAGAGCAGCUUUGAUUUCUGUGAGGACAGCAGAGCUUUAAGGAUUUAUUAAACCACGCAUUUUUUUGCGUUAAUAUUCAGCAAUCCUGUGCGUAAGUGCAUCCACAUUAUCGUUAUUCCUUCUAUCAACACGGAUGUGCAGCUUCACGGAGAGGAUAUGUACCAGGGUAUAAUGACAACCAACCACGGACCCCCCUCUUAUGAGGCCGGAUUUCUCCACAACGCCUCGUCGGGCACCUCACCGGUUUAUGUGCCAACUACCCGGGUCGUCACCCCCAUGAUCCCGGCGCUGCCUUACCUCCAGGCGCCCGGUGCGUCGCAACAGAGCAGCCCCGUGUCGAGCCACUCUGCCUGGGCGCAGCCGGGCGCCGAGUCGGUGCCCUCGUACAACCACUCCCCGGUGUCUCCGCGCUUCACCUUCUCCACCAGCCCACCUCUAUCCUCCGGGGUGGCCGCGGCCAGGGAGACGGCAGCCUCUUACACCAGUCCGCUAAACAUCUCUGCAAACGGGAGGGAGCACUACGGCGCCCGGGGCCUCAGCGGGUCGUACCACAGCCCCUACCCGGCUUACAUGAGCCCGAACGUGGGCGGAACGUGGUCGACUUCCCCCUUUGACAGCCCGGUCCUACACGGUCUCCAAACUGGCGCUCCCCCGUGCACAACACGGCACCCAAACAUCGAUCUGUUUGAUGACUUUGCUGAGGGGCGAGAGUGCGUGAACUGUGGGGCGAUGUCGACCCCUCUUUGGAGGCGGGAUGGUACGGGCCACUACCUGUGUAAUGCCUGCGGACUGUACCACAAGAUGAACGGCAUCAACAGACCUCUUAUCAAACCCCAAAGACGACUGUCUGCCUCGAGGAGGGUGGGCCUGUCCUGCACCAACUGUCAUACCACCACCACCACCCUGUGGCGACGAAAUGCGGAGGGGGAGCCGGUCUGCAACGCCUGUGGCCUUUACAUGAAACUCCACGGGGUCCCACGACCCCUGGCUAUGAAGAAAGAGGGGAUCCAGACUCGCAAACGCAAACCCAAGAACCUCAACAAGUCCCAAACUGGGACUCCAGGCAGUGAGGGGACUCCAGUAACGCCAAGCAGCACUCCCCGCGCCCCCACCACCACAGACGAGCCUCGCCAGAUAAAGACAGAGCCGGAGACUCACAGCUUGUACACACACCACAGCGCGCACACACAGAUCUCAGCCCUGCCGGCCUACAUGGCAGUUCAAGGAGGGGCCAUUCCUCUCAAGAUGUCUCCUGGGGGCCACAGUGGGUCUUCUAGCUCCAAAGCUGAACCCUGGAACAACCUAAUCCUGGCUUAGAAGAACUGCGGACCCAGCAUCUCAAAUCCGACCUAUCUGAAGUAUAUCGUAUAAGCUCUCCUGAGAGACUCCUACAGUGCCUUCAGUGCAACGCUCUGGGACAGAAAUGUAGACGCCGCAACAGAAAUGGAGAUCUUCAACAGUGCUGAGAUACUGCGUGUAGAAUCAGAGCAAUGGGGGACUGAACGGAGAAUCAUUAAAGAGCAGUACUGUGAUAAGAUCCAUCCAUCCAAGAACUGUUGAUGUGAAAAACAGGUAAAUAAAGGGAACUUUUUUUGUCACUUUCACCUGUUCUAUCAUGUCAAUGCAGGGCUGUUAACAUAAAACAGUGACAAAUAACAGUAAUGGCCAGACUUUAUUUCCCUGAGUUUAUUUCUAUUUCAAUAUAUUUGUCUUUUCUUUAUUUAAAUGAUUUGCAUAUCAUUAUUGACAAAUUGCCACAGA